GUUCACACUGACCCAUCCCAAUCAGCUUCUUCACUUCCCACUACCAUCUCUCACAAGAUUGCCGCUUUUCUUUUGCGUUGUCGGACCUGGCAAACGAUGUGAACUCCUGAUCUUCAUGGGGAGUCCUUUUGCCGCCUCUCAAACAUAUCCCCGGUUUCGCCACACUUUCAUCGUCAGGGGAGAUUUCGCGUGUCAAAAUGGAGGCUAGCGUGGGUAGCACCAACAGUUAAACAUGCUUGCAGCCGGUUUUCUUUUUUGCUACAACUCACCCAACAACCCACUAUCAUCAUGAAGCUCGUAACUGCUCUUUUUUUCGCCCUCUCCAUUGUGGCAGAAGCGAAAGCGCAAGAUCUGUACCAACCGGUUCGUGUCGACAACACCACGCUAUGGGUCAACUCCAUAGUCGGCAAGAAUGGCGUGUCGACAGUAGAGUGCUGGGGUAUUCAGCCUCCUUUCGUUGUUUCUAGUCAGGCAAGAACUGUGGGGAACAAAAUUUUGCAGCUUGGACAAUUGUCCAACGCGAGUUAUUCGGUGUUUCCAGACGGUCACCCCACUGAUGCAGGGUUGCAUAAUGCGCCUAACGCACAAUGGGUCGUCCUUUUGAGUGGUUCAGGCAAUAUCAACUUCCCUGACUCGCCAUCCACACCAAACCUUACUGUCAAAGCUCCCGAACUCCUCAUCGCGGUCGAUACACCUGGGACAUCUCGAAUUGGGCACAGGUCUGUUUGGGAGGCUGGAACGUCUGUGAUUCAGAUGCCUUUGGCUCCUGGCUUUGUGCCUGGACAUAAGACGAUUAACGGAGCUUGUCCGCCCGUAGCCCCGAACCAUUGAAAGAGUUUGCACGUAAUAUCGAGUACAUGUCGUUUUCCCCCCUGGUUCCUCUGCCAUAGGGUGGAAACUCCGUAAUGUUCUGUCAAAAUAACUACAUGUAUAUCAAAUUGUCGACCAAUGGCUCAUGUGGUUUUCCAA